AUGGACGAAAAGGGGCACCAGCCCGGCUCCGGGAGCGCCCCAACGGCAGCAGACCACUCCGACAUCGAAAGCGCCGCCGACCCGGAGAAACUCAGCACCUCCUCCGGGGGGCCCAACUUCGAGCCCAUCCGGCCAGGAACAGCCGCAGCAGCGCACCCAACCUCACACAACAACCGCCGCCUGAGCGCCGAGACCAUCGACACGCUGCGGCGCGAGCGCUCCAACAACGGCUGGGGGUGCGACGACAUCGAGGCCGACGCCGCCGGCGGCAUCAUCGCGCCGUACAACCACCCGGGCAAGGGCGGCGCCGAUGGCGGCAGCGGCGGCAACCGUGAUGGCAAUGGCAACGGCAGCGGCAGCGGCAGCGGCAGCGGCCCGGAUGGCGCCCCCGCGGACCCCUUCGAGGUCGGCUGGGACGGCGGCGACAGCGACCCAAUGUGCCCGCGCAGCUUCCCGACGUGGCGGAAAUGGCUGAUCAUUGCGAUCACGAGCGUGGGGUCUUUUUGCGUAACGAAUGCGUCCGCGUCAUAUACGGCGACGUAUGCUCAGAUGAACGAGGAGUUUGACAACUCCCGACUGGUUGCGACGCUGGGGCUUUCGACAUUCGUGCUGGGGAUUGCCCUGGGCCCAUUCUGGUCGCCGUUGGCCGAGUUCUACGGCCGGCGGCCGAUUUAUCUCUGCUCCUUUGCCGGAUUCAUCAUCUGGUUGGUCCCGUCAGCGGUGGCAAAGAACAUCGAGACCAUGAUCGUGGCACGCUUCUUCCAAGGCCUGGCAGGGAGUGCGUUCUUGUCUGUUUCUGGCGGGACAGUGGGGGAUCUGUUCACCCGCGACACUAUGCUUGCGCCCAUGGCCAUCUUCGCGCUGGCCCCUUUUGUUGGGCCGUCGACGGGACCGCUGGUCGGUGGCUUGAUCAACACCUAUGUCAACUGGCGCUGGACGCAUUAUGUGUUGCUAAUCUGGGCUGCCGUUUUGCUGCUCACCAUUGCGUUGUUUGUACCGGAGACUUAUCAUCCGGUGCUGCUAAAACGAAAGGCACAAAAACUCCGGAAGACGACCGGUGACGACAGAUGGCGCGCGCCCCUUGAGAAAUCGACCAAGUCCGUUUCCAAGACCGUGGCAUACUCGCUGCUCCGGCCCUUCCAAAUCCUUAUCUUCGAGCCCAUGGCAGUGGUCCUCAACAUCUACACGGCCGUCCUCCUCGGUCUGCUCUACCUUUUCUUCGGUGCCUUCCCGCUUAUUUUCCGAACAAACCACGGCUUCAACCUCUGGCAGGUCGGCCUGACCUUCAUGGGCCUGCUGGUAGCCAUGAUCAUCGCCUGCCUGAGCACGCCCCUCUGGACUAGGCUCCGACAGAACAUGGUGGCAAAGCGACACAAGGAGACGGGGGUGCUCAAGGACGAACCCGAGGACCAGCUGCCGCCUGUCAUCUUUGGUGCCCCGCUGAUCACAGGGGGCCUGUUCUGGUUCGGCUUCACGACAUAUCCCGAGAUACACUGGAUCGUACCCAUUAUCGGCUCGAGCGUGUUUGGUCUUGGGUCGACGCAUACCCACGGUACGCAGCGAGCGCCCUGGCAUCCAAUGCCUUGGUCAGGUGUUCCUUCGCAGAUGUACGAGGCCCUUGGGUUUCAGUGGGCCACUGGGCUCGUCGCCUUUGUGACACUCGCCUUGAUGCCCUUCCCUUAUAUCUUCUUCCGCUAUGGCAAGAAGAUACGAGCAAGGAGCAGAUAUGCGACCACCACAUAG